AUUUCCCUUAACUCCCAACUUUUCUAAGGAUUGCCUUUGCCUGUGCAAUCCCGUAUUUACCCUUGUUUUUGGUAUUGUGAAUUAUUCUUACUCUGCCCUUUACAGUAAAUGAUAGGAAGUGAUACAAAGAAUUCUUAAACAAGGAAGCAGAAAACAAGGAAGACCCAGAUCUUCACAGAAAAGACAACAGACUGUUUAUUUUUAUAGAUGCUAUACACUUCUCUAUGGCUCAAGUAUUAAUUAUCAGUCUGCUUGUUUUCCUUGUUGAUGCCCUGCUUGCGACCAAUGUUCUUGCUGCUUUUCUCCACGGAAGUGACACAAAUAUCGAGGCCCAACUUGCGACCUCUGCUGGCUUGCUAACCAAUAUAAUACCCUUGAUCAGCGCUGCCACCUUCGGAGGGAAACUGCAAGCGACUACUGUCUCAGUUGCUUUGAGUACUACCACUAAUCCUACUCCUUCUUACCACGUGAGCAUUUCGCCCCACCGGGAGGAUCACGUCAAUUAUUUUCAGGGCCACAGGCUACAAAAGCUAAGCCCUUCUUGUUUGUGCUUGGGUUAUACUGGUAAGCAGUCCACCCGGACAAUUAAUAGAUGGAUAUGUUGUCGCAAACCUUCCGCUACGCGGGGUCGAAAGACAAAACAGGGCUAUAAGCCCUUCUAAUGCUUGUAGUAUCUGCAGAGGCAUUUUAAGAAUAUUAUUUUGCUUGGUUAGAUACACCUCGGAUUUUCUGAUGGGUAGGUGGCUGAUUUCAGCUCUACUUAACGUAUGUCUGGCUCCGUCAAGGUCUUGACUUUUCUGGUACCAGCGGUGGUUUCCGUGACUUGUUAAGGAUAUCUGGACAGCUGCGAUCUUAGUUAAGUAGCUUUUAUGGCAACGAAAGCUUGGAGGGAUCUUGCUACAGCUCUACGCACGCAUGGUAUCUAACGUCGACGUGGUCGUUGGCUGAGUGCGAUAUUGAGGCCCUCAGGUAGCCGGCUCGGUGACUGCACCCGCUGUUACAGUCUAUCUUGACAGUUCGCUCAUGUGUAUUUAUGCAGCAAUAAUCCUGGUUAUCUGUAUGCAUACAAUCCGAUUUCUAGAUUCU